AUGUUUUAUGGUGUACAAUCGAAAUCAAUAUCAUCUGUUGCUCUCUAUAAAAAGAGACCAACUAUAUUACAUCUAAAUGUUGUUCCAUUCAUUGUUUUAUAUUUAUAUUUAUUCUAUUUGUUUAUAAUAACACCUGCACCUAUUAGACCGAUCGUAGAAGAUAUCUCAAGUGAUCUAAAUAUCACAAGUAAUAAUGAUAGCACCACUACUAGUAGUGGUGGUAAUGUUGUAGAUGCUCAAUCGAACAAUGUCAACAUAGUUGAUAACAAUAACAAUAAUACAAACAUCAAUAGCACUGCCAAUGGAAUGACAAGUGGAAUGACUCUGGACGGAUCGGAUUUCUAUUUGUUCUUGUUGGGAGUGACCGCUUGUUUACAUAUUCUGUCGUGGUUGUUCAAGUACUGGUCGGUUGAGUAUCGUACCGUUGUUUCAAUGACUAAAGUCAGUAACAUUAGCGAUGCCUCUAUGAUCAAGGUGGUUCCAUCGUCACACGUCGGUUCCAAGACCAUAUGUCCGCUGAUCAGAGACGACCAACGCCAACUCUAUUUCGAAUUUCAAAAGCGAAAGUUCACUUACGAUCCUGAUCGCAAGUGUUUCAAGCGUAUCAAGCUUAUCGUACCAAACACCACCGAGCAACUGCUACAGUCGCGCGGUUACGACACACAGGAACUAUUGACAAACGCCGUUCAACAGUUUGGAUUGAAUCGAUUCGACAUUCCACUGCCAUCGUUCCUCCACCUCUAUAAAGAACAAGCACUGGCACCCUUCUUUGUAUUCCAAGUAUUCUGCGUAUUGCUCUGGUGUCUUGAAGAAUACGUACUCUACUGUCUCUUUACACUUUUCAUGUUGUUGACAUUUGAAGCAACCGUUGUUAAAUCUAGAUUAAGAAAUUUGAUGUCUUUGAGAGAGAUGAGUAGUAAACCAUCUUAUCCAAUAUAUGUUUAUAGAUUGAAUCAGUGGAAACAGGUAGAUACAAGUGAGAUUAUUCCAGGUGAUUUGGUUUCGGUAGGAAGAGGAGCGAAUGAAGCUCAAUCAACUAUUCCCUGUGAUCUUUUGUUGUUAAGUGGACAGUGUGUCGUCAAUGAAGCAAUGUUGACCGGUGAGUCGACUCCACACCACAAAGAGUCACUACAGGAACGAAGUCAAUCGAGUAGCAAAGACAAUCAAAUCGAUUUGAAGAACGAUAAGAUUCAUAUUCUUUUCGGUGGUACUCAGAUCGUGCAACACUCAUGUGGCGAACGUCUCAACGCAAAGGUGAGCAAACCAACCGAUCGUGGAUGCAUAGGUUAUGCCUUAAAGACUGGAUUCGAUACCAAUCAAGGUAGUUUGAUGCGUACUAUUUGGUUUUCAUCGGAGCGUGUCACCGCCAACAACAAAGAGAGUUUCCUCUUUAUCGCUUUCCUCUUGGUGUUUGCCAUUGCUGCCAGUGCCUAUUUGUUCUGGCGCGGAUUCGAAGACGACGAUCGAAACAAAUAUAAACUUCUCUUACAUUGUAUCAUGGUUAUCACCUCGGUGGUACCACCAGAGUUACCAAUGGAGUUGUCGUUGGCCGUCAACAACUCGUUGAUUGCAUUGGUUCGUCUCGGUAUCUACUGUACCGAGCCAUUUAGAAUUCCAUUCGCAGGAAAGGUAGAUGUCUGUUGUUUUGAUAAAACAGGAACUUUGACUACCGACGAUCUCAUUCUCCAAGGAAUUGCCAGUUGUCCACAGCAGUCCGAGUCAGGAUCGUCUUCGUCGCCAUCUUCGUCCAACAGUUCUGACUUGCUUUUGCCAGCUGAUAUUCCUUUGGUUAUCAACUAUAUUCUUGCAGGAUGUCACUCACUUGUCAGUAUCGAUGGUAAACUUGUUGGAGAUCCAAUGGAAACUGCUUCGCUCAAGUCUAUUCCAUGGAAUUGCAAAGGUGAUAUCUCUUCACACCAACGUAAAAAGGUUUUCAUUGAAAUUGUUAAUCGUUAUCUCUUCUCCUCUGACCUAAAGAGAAUGUCGACCAUUGCCAAUGUAAACAACGAUGGCAACAUUGUUAGUUAUGCAUUCUGCAAGGGUGCACCUGAAGUGUUGAAACCAUUCUACAGCUCGAUUCCCGCCGACUAUGACAACAUCUACAAGCGUUACUCUCGUCAAGGAUCGAGAGUUCUUGCUUUGGGAUACAAGAAGAUUUCAACAGAGAAUCAAUCGACCAUGAAACAGAUACAGCGUGAUGUUACAGAGUGUGACUUGGAGUUUGGUGGAUUCCUCGUAUUCGACUGUCCAUUGAAACCAGACUCAAAGGAUGCCAUCGAGAAGCUUGCACAGGCAUCACACAGUAUAGUUAUGAUUACAGGUGACAAUGCAUUGACAGCCUGUCACGUUGCUAAGCAACUUGGAAUUCAAGACCCUAAACUUCCAACACUGAAUCUCACUGCUAAUGGUGGUGAGGGUGGUGUUCCCACUUGGAUUUCAGUGGAUGAGACUGUUAAUAUCAAGCUUGAACAAAAUAAUGGUGCUCACUUGAGAGAGUUGAGUAGAUUAUACAAUCUCUCGGUGACUGGACAAUCGUUGUCGUUGAUCACCGACAAUCAAAAGUUGCAAAGCGAUCUCUAUUUGGUACAGGUAUUUGCUCGUGUCUCUCCCGAUCAGAAACAGUUGAUUCUUACCAAUUUCAAGGAGAAUGGACAUCACACUUUGAUGGCUGGUGACGGUACAAACGAUGUCGGUGCACUCAAGCAAGCACACGUCGGUGUUGCCAUUCUCAACAAGGGUGAUCCUCCACCUCCCAAACUCAUCGAUACCAACCCACGUCAAAUCAUGAAGCAAUAUCAACAACGUGGUCCACAAGCUGCUGCCGAACUCACAAAGAAACUACAAGAGGAACUCAAAGACAGCGAAGUCCAAAUGGUUAAACUUGGUGACGCUUCCAUUGCUGCACCUUUCACCUCAAAGAGUUCGCGUGUCAUCCCGGUCACACAUAUCAUUCGUCAAGGUCGUUGUACACUGGUGACAACACACCAGAUGUACAAGAUUCUCGCACUCAACUCAUUGAUCUCUGCAUACAGUUUGUCAGUUCUUCACUUGGAUGGAGUCAAGCUUGGCGACACACAAGUCACACUUGCCGGUAUGUUGAUCGCGCUCUGCUUCCUGUUCAUCUCAACCUCAAAGCCACUGGAGAGAUUAGCACCAAAGCGUCCCAAUCCAAAUCUAUUCUCACCGUACAUGAUGACCUCGAUUCUCCUGCAAUUCAUCUUGCAUCUUGGAUGUCUCAUAUUCAUCGUGCGCGAGGCCAACGAUCGUACUGUCGGUGCCAAGCCCAAAGUUGACUCUACAUUCGAACCGAAUCUCGUAAACUCUGCGGUUUUCCUCAUUUCAAACGCUAUGCAAGUGGCAACAUUUGCAAUCAACUACAAAGGACACCCAUUCAUGCAGAGUCUCCAAGAGAACAGACCACUUCUUUACUGUCUCUCAAGUGUAUGGAUGCUCGGUGCAAUCCUCUCACUCGAAAUCAUACCAUCAUGGAAUGAGUACCUCGAAUUAAUACCAUUCCCAGAUAACACUUUUAGAUUAUUAAUGUUUGGAACCAUCUUAAUUGAUUUAGUAGGUGCUUGGUUAAUUGAAAAACUUUGUUCAACUUUUUUAAAGAAUUAA